CAGCUCCGAUGUGCAUGUUCUAAGUGUGAGGUUGGAUCUUUCGGAGUUGAAAGGGUGUCACCCGCGGAGGGGAAGAUGAGCCGAGCUGCUCAGUCAGAAGGUGUUGACCUGACGGCCUUACAAGAUCACCUCAUUGCCCUUUGGAACAAGAGAGAGCUGGAGACGGUGAGGCGGACGAUAUCCGAAUGGAUCUCUCAGCUGGACGAACCUUUGGCCGGGUUACUGGGCCUGCUGGAAGGCUGCCCUGGUAUUCAGAAGGGCAAGUCCUCCACUUUAGGCCAGUUCGUUCUGGCUGAGUUUGUGCGUUGGAGCCAGAACCAUCCUGAGGCCAGGCUGAAGGGGCUGCAGACAGAGCAGGCUUUGAGCCUCCAGCAGAGAGCUCUGGGGCUCAUCUCAGACGCCCAGCCCAGCUACAUGGAGCCUCUGAUUGACAUGUUCCAGCUGGGCUCCAUGGAGCGAGGCCUGCUGCUGAAACAUGUGCACUACCUGCAGGACUGCUGCUUCUAUAAAGAGGCGGCACUGCUCGGUAUGAAACUGCAGCUCCAGGCGGAUUUGGACAUGGAGAAGAUAUGUGUGCCACUCAUUCUCCUAGACAAGCUGCCGCUGGCUGAGUCUUAUGUAAGGGGAAACACAGAGCUACAGGAGAAGCUGGUCACUCUUUUGGACUCCUGGUGCAGUCCAAACUUCAGUCUGGGGGCACUCUGCAGGCGCUAUCCUCGAGUGUCACUCUCUAAGCACCAGGCAGAGCAGAUUCACCCCAAACUUCUCAGCAAGCAUGUUUUUCGCCUUAUGGAAAAAUUCAGUAUUGAUCCAGGCUUGUGCUCAAACUCUGUCUACAAGCGGAAACUGGACUCACUGAGGUUUCUCGUGUAUAAGAGGUUUGGAGAGGGAAGCAUGUCAGAAGAGAACUGGAGAGACCAUGUUCAGGCUACAGUGGCCGGCAACGCAGAGCUGCAGAUUCAGUUAGUGGAGCUGUUGACUAAACGCUGUGGGCUCCGGACAGCUGCCCAGUGGGCACAGCACUACAAUGUCCCCAGAGACAGGCUUCCGUACGGGGUGUGGGACACUCUUCGGAGCCUAUCACCUGCCCGGUUAGAGAUACCUGAGCUCUCCUCAUUAAUGGAGAGCUGGGUUCCUCCUCAGUCUCAUCAGGAGAAGUACUACCAGCUUCCUCUGCCCAAGGAGAACAUCCACUUCCUGGACACACUUGAUAAGCUGGAGCUAUGUAGAAAAACAGUUAUGCAGCCUGGCAGUGUAAUAGGGAUGGAUAUGGAAUGGCGGGCGAGUUUUGGCUGCGUCUCACCUCAGCGCGUGGCCCUCAUUCAGCUGGCCGCUAAGGGUCGGGUCUUCUUAUUGGAUCUGUGUGCUCAUGACUUCAGCCAACACCGGCACACUGUCGACUUCAUAAGAGCGCUGCUCUCAGACAAAAACAUUCUUAAACUAGGUUAUGGGAUGUCAGGGGAUGUGAAGAGCUUGAUUGGCACAUGGCCUGAGUUUCAGGAGGAGCAGUUGAAAAUAGAGGAAGUGCUGGAUCUGUUACAUGUACAUCAACAGAUCCAGCGGAGUCUGCGGGGCUCUCGGGCAGUGGAGGAGAACGAGGGCCCUGCGGAGAAAGGGUUGAGCCUGCUGGUGCAGCAGGUUCUCGGGAAACCACUGGAUAAGAUGGAGCAGCUCUCAAACUGGGAACGGCGGCCUCUGAGAACCAGUCAGCUUCGCUAUGCAGCUGCUGAUGCAUACUGCUUGCUGGAUGUCUACUUUGCCCUCUCUCAGGACCCAACACGCUUUGGGCUGCCAGAGGACUUGCGAUCUGUGAAAUCCAGUCAGCCAGCGAAGAACCGGGAGGAGAAGAAACCUAAAGACAAGAUCAAGCAGGGCAAGAGGAGAGGGCUCAGCGCCGCAGAGCGGCAGGAGGACUCUACACAGGUGGUCUCAGAGCGGCAGGGGCCCACCAUCACGCCCAAGGAGUUGCGGGUGGUCUGUGAUAACAUGCUGCAGGGGCUGGGCCGCUACCUCCGCUGCCUCGGCGUGGACGUAGUCAUUCUGGAGAACACCGACGACCACAGAGUCGCGGCGAAUCUGGCUCGCGCCGAAGGCCGUGUCAUCCUCACUGCCGGGCAGCCUUACCAGACUUUGAGGUCUCAGGUAGCGGAGGGUCGUUGUUUGACUCUCGACUGUUCAGAGAAGGCACGAGACCAAGCCAUUCAUGUCCUUAAACAUUUCCACGUCCACAUUACUCCGUCCGACAUCUUCAGCCGAUGCCAGGCUUGCAACAGCGAUCAAUACCUGAAACUACCAAGAGAAGACCUGGUUCGAAUGAUGCAGAAAAAAGGUCUCCUGCGGGAGCCUGCAGACGCUGGAGAAGACUGGGAGGAACUGUAUAAACCGCAGCUCCCAUACAACAGCUGGAGGCCCCCAGAGGGGCCCAAGUUCACUCCUCACUGCCGCUGGGCCCCCCAUACUCACCUGGACCCCCAGACCCUCACAUUCCCUGGAGGUGCUGAAGUCCAGCUACAGACCGUGCCCCCAGGCCUGCUUCCCAGAAUUCCAGUUUUCUUCAUCUGUACUGGUUGUGGCAAGGUAUUCUGGGAAGGAACGCAUUUUGAUCGUGUGCUAUCAAAUUUUCAAGAAAUCCUACAUUUGACUGAAGAUACAACAUCUCCUCAGGCUUGACCUCUUUAAUGACACAAAAGUAUGUCCUUCACGAAAAGAAAAAUGAG